UUGGCAGUAGAAAGGGGUUCGGGCACGGGGGGUGGGGGGACCCGGAGCGAUGGCCCGCGCCGGUCGCCGGGGCGGAUAAAAAGCCGUCGCGCCGCGGGUGUGGGAGGGAGGGAGGGGAAGGGGCCCGAGCGCCACAAGAGUAUGACGGGGCUGUACGAACUGGUGUGGCGGGUGCUGCACGCGCUGCUCUGCCUGCACCGCACGCUCACCUCCUGGCUCCGCGUUCGGUUCGGCACCUGGAACUGGAUCUGGCGGCGCUGCUGUCGCGCCGCCUCCGCCGCGGUCCUAGCGCCGCUCGGCUUCACGCUCCGCAAGCCUCCGGCCGUCGGCAGGAACCGCCGGCACUACCGGCACCCGCGCGGGGGGCCGGGUCUGGCCUCCGCCCACCCCCGGCUGCGCUGGCGCGCGGACGGCCGUUCCCUGGACAAGCUGCCUGUGCACAUGGGCUUAGUGAUCACCGAGGAGGAGCAGGAGCCCAGCUUCUCGGACAUCGCGAGCCUCGUAGUGUGGUGUAUGGCCGUGGGCAUCUCCUACAUUAGCGUCUACGACCACCAAGGUAUUUUCAAAAGAAACAAUUCCAGACUGAUGGAUGAAAUUUUAAAACAGCAACAGGAACUUCUGGGCCUGGAUUGUUCCAAAUACUCAACAGAGUUUGCAAAUAGUAAUGACAAAGAUGAUCAAGUUUUAAAUUGCCAUUCAGCAGUGAAGGUGCUGUCCCCAGAAGAUGGAAAAGCAGAUAUUGUGAGAGCUGCUCAGGACUUUUGCCAGUUAGUAGCCCAGCAGCAAAAGAAAUCCACAGAUUUGGAUGUAGAUAUGUUAGACAGUUUACUUAGUUCAAAUGGUUUCCCUGAUCCUGAUUUAGUACUGAAGUUUGGUCCUGUGGACAGCACAUUAGGCUUUCUUCCCUGGCACAUCAGAUUGACUGAGAUUGUCUCUUUGCCUUCCCACCUAAACAUCAGUUAUGAGGACUUUUUCUCUGCCCUUCGUCAAUAUGCAGCCUGCGAACAACGUCUGGGAAAGUAAUCAUCCCUGGUUGUGUAAUUUGAUUUCAGGCUUUUGGAGGAAAGGACCCAAGUGACUCUGAUGUUUACAAAGCACCUAUGAGACCUGUAUACACCUAGUUCAUACCCUCAUAAUUUAUCAACACAUACAAAAAGUGUCUUACUUGAGAGCGAGUGAGUGUGUGUGUGUGUGUGUAUGCACGUGUGUAUGUAUGGAAUAAACUUAUAAAUGGGAGAAGUAUUGGAGAAGGAAAUAUGUAGACCUGCAACUUUGUGCAAAUAACAACGAUGUUUUAGGAGCUGAAAUUCCAGAUAUAAAGACUUCAGCCUCUAUUACUUCCCUGUUUUUGUGGGGAGAAGAGGAGGUGACUAGAAUAGUCUUGGUUGUUGUUUGGGGAGAAGGGAGUAAUUUUUGUUCAGUCUUUCCUAGUGACCAAACUUUCAUUUUUAAGACUAAUAUAUUGCUUAUUAAGUGGAAGUAUUCUGAAUUUGAGGGUACUUCAGAGGAGUGGAGUCCUGUGUUGCUCACAUGAUAAAAACUCUCGCCGUCAAAGCAGAGGGAAUACCUACCUUCAUAUAUCCGUCCAUUUUCAUUUCUUACUUCAUUAUAUUCAGACAGGGUGACCUGAAAGUGUCCUCUGGUAUCUCUUACCUGGUGUCUGAGUUGUGAAGAUCAUUUGAAAAAGAAUUCUUACUACACUGAAAUUUAAGUAUUGAAUUAAGCAGUCAAAAAAAAAAAAAAAGGUGAAUAAGUUGUAAUGUUACAGUGAAGAUAGAAAAUUUCCUUAAAGAGGAAGGACAGUUUUGAUUUUCUUUUUUGUUGGUGGGUAAUAUACUAUCUAGUACCCAGAGUUGGUUUUAAGAAUGUUUCCAUUAACUGUUUUUUAUUUAAAAUAAGCAUUUGAGUGAAGUGAGCAAGCAGCUCUUUUCCUCAAAAGUAACCUGUUUCUUUAUGGAAUAACACCCAGGAAUUUAUUCAGUAAAUCCCAAUGGUGACUUUGCAUAAAAGACCUUUAAAUAGGAUUAAGACCUAUAUGGUAAAGAAAAUGUUACCAAAGUCUACAAAAAUAUUUAAUUUUACACGUUCUCUUUUAUGACAGAGAACAGCACUGGUUCUGUUAUUUUGGAAAUAAAUAAAUGAUUUCUUGAUAGGUGUUUGAUAUUUCUCCCUCACUGCUGAUCCUUGGUGAGGAACCCUUCUUUAUAUUGAUGAACUAUUUUCAGAAAACUCUGAUCAGCACGUGUACAAUUAGCUUUCUAAAAUUGUACAUUCAGAAUGGAGUAGUCUAAAUGUGAGGUCUCAAAUCUGGAAAAAUAGGGAAGAAGACUGGAUUUGGGAAGCAUGGUCUGAAAUUGCUUGAAUUCUAAAGUUAUGAAGAAUAAAGAUUUCAGCUUUGGAUUACAGAACCCCAUUUAUGAUUUAAAAGUACACUUGAAAUAAAAGUGAUUAAACUGAA